AUGGUCAACCCUAAUCGCUGGUCAUGGUCGGGAGGACCGCGAAAAGCGUACAACAAGGAGUAUGCAGUGAUUAGCAAGCAGCCUCUGAUCUCGCCCUCUGUCAACCACGAUUCAAAUGAGACCGCCGACCCAGCCGACAGCAAACUGCAGACUAGUACUGCCGGCAUCUCAUCGCGUCGACUGUCCAAAAAUCGUUGGAGUUGGCGGCCAGACGCAGCCAUAGCCAUAACCGUGGAAGCCGGGCAAGAAAACGACCACGAAGACAGGGAGCAGAGCCAGGGUCAACUAGACAGACCUGCAACCUCAAACGGUCUCCCUCGGAACCCCAAGCACGAGAAACAGCCCGAUGCCACUGCUCCCUCCCGGCGCUUGAGACCGUUGUCAAUGAUAGCGCCCGCCAGCGCACCUUUUGGAAAAGCGCCAUCCUUUUCAAACCUCAAAGAACAAAAGCGACAACAGGAGGACGCGGACCAAUUGUCUUCAGACCCAAAUCCGUUUACGGCUGCUCAGUCUUCCGCCGGGGUCAAGGACGCCUUUAACCGGUUCAUCGGUCGCCAGCUUACCAGACGAAAGACGAAGUCAGGACGCCCCUUGCAACAAUUUAAUCAGCAGGGAGAAGCUGAACCGACACCACCGCCCUCCCGGCAUCAACAGCAGGCACCGUCAAGACCCAUGCAACCUCCGAUGCGACGUGGUCCCCAGCUCCACAAUCCCCAGAACACCCUUCGAGGAGGGCCCCCUGCCAACCCUGCCAGUUUCGCCCAGACCCAAGCCCAGGGUCGCAUCGAAACAGGUCGCAUGGCCGCACCGCUGCCAGAGUUGGACGAACAGAGCGAGUUGCAGCUGCCUCUAACUUACACCCGUCCCUCAACUGCCACAAGUGCAGUGACAGGUCUUGGUACGUCGUCAUCUCCUCCUGCACCGUCGGCAGAGGAAACAGGGUUACUGGGUCGCUUCGUGCGCCGGCGAUUGGUUCCCAAGGAUAAGGACACCACGAACAAUAAGAAUCGGUGGAUUUCCACUAGCGACGACAAUACGAGCCAACCUGCCGGAACCAACCACGAGAGCAGCAACUUGUCCGGUCCGACUCCCAAUUUUGAUGAGUCCACCGAGCACGAAAUGCAGUCACAAUCUAUCCUGCUACCAGCCUCUCAAUCAUCACACAGGAAGGUGAAUGGGAAGGUGAAGGCAGAUGAGAACAAGGGUGUCUCGGAUCCUGGAAGCUUUCCGUCCUCGUCUGUUCCACGAUUUCUUCGACAUCUCGCGAAGCCCCAACAAGCGACCACAACGCCCGUUCCGAAUCCUGAGGCCGUCGCACCACACAAGGCAAAGUCUCGAUCACAGUCUCAACAGGCAGGAACACCACAACAACACCAACAAAUGCCGUCCGCAACAUCGCCUGCCCCAUCCAAGCUGCGCACAAAACCCAGCUUUGGAAAACGGUUUUGGUCAAAGUCUAGUUCUAACCAUUUCGAAAACGAUGAGGAAGCCAAGACUGAGGUCGAGCCACCGGUACCAGCACCGGUGCUCCGACCUGUGUAUGUGCCGAAGCAUGCGGCGUCGGACUUUUCUCGCACGACUUCUACGACGCAGAGGUAUCGCAAGAGCGUCUACGUCGGAAAUGGGGAGGUUGUCGGAAACUACCUAGCCGCGAAUUCUGCCGACAUUGCUGAAGACGAACCGCAGUCGCAAAAGCAGAGACGUCGUAUGUCAUUUGCUGAGAGGGCCGACAAGCGCAUGUCCCGAGAGGUGUCUUCAUCAAAAUAUGAAGCGCCAUCCCCUCAAGAGCUGCAUCGGCGCCUUGAAAUUGUCAAGAGCAGCGAGAUUGAGGUCGUGUCCACCAGAGAGGAGUCUAGUGUCGACGACUCGUGGCAGCAGCACCAGCAUAAGUUGCUCCAAAUGAAUUCCAACGUUUCAAUAAACGGCAAAGGGUCCAUUAGGAGUCAAUCUCGCCCAAGAUCGACACGACGAUAUAGCUUCAACCUAGUUGCGGACCCCUUUGCGAGAGAUCUGACACCACCAAAAUCAGUCUCACCUGUGGAAAUGGAAGCACCUUAUGACCCGCCAAGCCAAACACCACCAGAUGUAUCACAACAUCAGGUAUCGCAACAAGCACUCGCCCAGGUGCCAAAGCACGCCAAAUCAUCUCACGCUCGUUCCAAUCCGCGUCCCAAAACCCAGCCGGAGGAACAACCUCGCAAGGACACGACGGAAAUGACGGACUAUGAGCGCUUCGUCGCCAACGCUCAAGCCCUAGAGCGCGAGCAAAAUGCCGAGAUGUGGCGCCAACUGGCCCGGCGUUCCGGCCAUUAUCGAUACAACGACAAUGUGCGCAAUUCCUUCCUACCCGAUCCAGUCACCACGAACCCGGGGGUCCUCCCAUAUACGUAUAAGCCCAGCAAACGCGACAGCGCUCAGUUCUCCGUCGGCAAGAGAGCAAGCAUGAUGUCUUAUGCAGCGGAUGACGAACGAAACUUGUUCUACGUGCAGCCUGUGGAAAAAGGAGCUAGUGAUACCCGUAGAGAACUGAGGCACCAGGGAAGCGUCUCGAGACGCAUCUCUGAAUACAUUAAGCCACCAAAGCAGCACCGAGGGUCUGGCUAUGACGAGUGGCUGGCACCCGGGGGUGGACGCGCCAACCGCAGAAGCAUUAUUACCGGUGUAUCGGAGGAGUGA